AUGAACGGUGAAUACGACACUCUAGCCUGCUCCACUGGUCGUUUCGUCUGGGGUAAACGACAGCCAUAUCGUGGUAAACUGGUAAUUUUGAGCUACGAGACUACGAGAGCCGAGUUAAUGUUGGUAAUUGUGGUUAAACCAACAGCUAGGAUCGUAAGAGAGUGUGGAAAUAGUGAUCGAUCUACGGUUACAAAUGGGAAUCAAAAUUGGGCUUUUCGGGCAAAUGGGGUGAUGGGGAUUGUAGCGUUUGGUUUGCUCAUCUGUGGAAAAGCUUCGGGAAAGGGAGCACCACUUUGCUUGGGCCCGAGAUUCUCAAGACUUCAAUGUGAAGACUUUUUGGGUGGUCCACUCUCCAUAUAG